AUGCAGACUGCUUCUACAAAGAUUUGUGAAAGACUGUGCAAUAAGUCCAUCUGUGAAAUUUCCUUGCUACUAAAUUAUCCACAGUCAACUGUUAGUGUUAUUAUAACAAAGUGGAAGCGACUUGGAACAACAGCAACUCAGCCAUGAAGCGGUAGGCCAUGUAAAAUGUCAGAGCGGGGUCAGCGCAUGCUGAAGCGCAGAGUGAGCAGAAGUCACCAACUGUCGGUAGAGUCAAUAGCUGAAGACCUCCAAACUUCCUGUGGCCUUCAGAUUACCACAACAACAGUGCAUAGAGAGCUUCAUGGAAUAGGUUUCCAUGGCCGAACAGCUGCAUCCAAGCCUUACAUCACCAAGUGCAAUGAAAAGUGUCAGAUGCAGUGGUGUAAAGCAUGCUGCCACUGGACUCUA